ACUGGGAAGCGGGCGUCGUCCGCAGCGCCGGGUGGAGCUGGGCUCGGGGCCGGCCUGGGCCUAGAGCCCGAGUCUCGAGCUGCCGGCGUUGGGGGUCGCGAGUGGCCUAGUGCGGCCUCGAGGCCGAAGGAUCCGAGUCGGAGCUCCCACUCCGACCCGCUGGUGCUGCGGAAAACUCAGGUGGCCUUCCGCUUUCGUAGCCUCUAAAGUGGGGAUCAAGACUUUCACUUCAUAGGAUUGUGGUCGGGAUUAAAAGAUUGUCCCGGAAGAGCUAAAGAUGGCUGAAUUUCUAGAUGACCAGGAUACUCGACUGUGUGACAACUGCAAAAAAGAAAUUCCUGUGUUUAACUUUACCAUCCAUGAGAUCCACUGUCAAAGGAACAUUGGUAUGUGUCCUAUCUGCAAGGAACCAUUUCCCAAAUCUGACAUGGAGACUCAUAUGGCUGCAGAACACUGUCAGGUGACCUGCAAAUGUAACAAGGAGUUGGAGAAGAGGCUGUUAAAGAAGCAUGAGGAGACUGAGUGCCCUUUGCGGCUUGCUGUCUGCCAGCACUGUGAUUUAGAACUUUCCAUUCUCAAGUUGAAGGAACAUGAAGAUUAUUGUGGUGCCCGGACAGAACUAUGUGGCAACUGUGGUCGCAAUGUCCUUGUGAAAGAUCUGAAGACUCACCCCGAAGUUUGUGGGAGAGAGGGGGAGGAAAAGAGAAAUGAGGUGGCCAUACCUUCUAAUGCGUAUGAUGAAUCUUGGGGUCAGGAUGGAAUCUGGAUUGCAUCCCAACUCCUCAGACAAAUUGAGGCUUUGGACCCACCCAUGAGGCUGCCGGGAAGGCCCCUGAGAGCCUUUGAAUCAGAUGUUUUCCACAAUAGAACUACCAACCAAAGGAACAUUACAUCCCAGGUUUCAAUUCAGAAUAAUCUCUUUGAAGAACAAGAGAGGCAGGAAAGGAAUAGAGGUAGACAGCCCCCCAAAGAGGGUGGUGAAGACAGUGCAAACUUGGACUUCAUGUUGGCUCUAAGUCUGCAAAAUGAAGGCCAAGCCUCCAGUAUGGCAGAGCAGGACUUCUGGAGGGCUGUAUGUGAGGCAGACCAGUCUCAUGGCGGUCCCAGUUCUCUGAGUGACAUAAAGGACGGAGUUUCGCUGGUGUUACCCAGGCUGGAGUGCAAUGGCACGAUCUUGGCUCACCGCAACCUCCGCCUUCUGGGUUCAAGCAAUUCUCCUGCCUCAGCCUCCCAAGUAGCUGGGACUACAGGUGCAGCUGACGAGACCAUGUUGCCUUGUGAAUUUUGUGAGGAGCUCUACCCAGAGGAACUGCUGAUUGACCAUCAGACAAGCUGUAACCCUUCACGUGCCUUACCCUCAUUCACUACUGGCAGCUCUUCCCCCAGAGGGGUGGAGGAACCUGAUGUCAUUUUCCAGAACUUCUUGCAACAGGCUGCAAGUAACCAGUUAGACUCUUUGAUGGGCCUGAGCAAUUCACGCCCUGUGGAGGAGAGCAUCAUCAUCCCAUGUGAAUUCUGUGGAGUACAGCUGGAAGAGGAGGUGCUGUUCCAUCACCAGGACCAGUGUGACCAACGCCCAACCACAGCAACCAACCACGUGACAGAGGGGAUUCCUAGACUGGAUUCCCAGCCUCAAGAGACCUCACCAGAGCUGCCCAGGAGACGUGUCAGACACCAGGGAGACCUGUCUUCUGGUUACCUGGAUGAUAUUAAGCAGGAAACAGCUAAUGGGCCCACCUCUUGUCUGCCUCCCAGCCGACCCAUUAACAAUAUGACAGCUACCUAUAACCGGCUGUCGAGAUCAACAUCAGGCCCCAGACCUGGGUGCCAGCCCAGCCCUCCUCGUGUGCUGAAGCUCAACAACUCAGACAGCCAGGACAUCCGGGGACGGAAUAGAAACAGCCAGAAUGGGGCCAUUGCCCCUGGGCAUGUUUCAGUGAUUUGCCCUCCUCCAAAUCUCUACCCAGAAAACGUUCCCUCUUUCCCCCGUGCGCCUGCAGGGAGAUACGGAGCUAGUGGUAGGAGUGAAGGUGGCAGGAAUUCCCGGGUCACCCCUGUAGCUGCCAACUACCGCAGCAGAACUACAAAGGCAAAGCCCUCCAAGCAACAGGGAGCUGGGGAUGUGGAGGAGGAAGAAGAGGAGUAAUGGUGUCUCCAGAGACUUUACAUCGGUUCCUGUCUUCUGUGCAUAGCAGCACUUGCCGCCGUGCAGGCCCACCUCUCUGGCUCUUUGGGUGGGAGAGAUUUUCCAGAUUUUAGUUUUUUUCUAGGUUAUGGCCAUUUUGUGUCUUUUGAGGUUGUGCUGUGGGAGUAUGGGUUUGAGGGAAGGGAGCAGGGUGGUGGUUGAGGAACACUUCAGCCUUAGCUGCCACCUUUUGGCAGUAGUGAAAUACAAACUGCAGCCUCUUGGCUGCCAGGGACCCCUUUUGACUUACUGUUGCCACUGCCCCUUGGUGCUGUGCAGUCCCAGUGGAAGGAGGGGAAGAUUUUGGAAACCUGGUACUCACCAGUGAAGUGAUUAUCUGCCCUGUUGGGGCCUAAAUUUGGGGGCUUUUGGGCAACCUCUCCCUGUACUGCCUCUGUCCACACUUGAUUGGGCCCCAGGUGUGUGUGAGGUGCUCUGGUAAGGUGCUCAGGCCACUUGCAAUGUCUGUCAGUAACGAGGCUUUUGAAGAUGCAUUGACCUGGAGGUGAGUGAACUGGGGGCUGUGUUUUAAGCUGCUUCCUUGACAUUUGGCAACACUGCCUUCUGUUCCUGGGGUAGGGGGGGCAUGGAUUUUUGUCCUCACUCAGUCCUCAUGGGGAGGUCUGAGGGCUCCCUGUUCCCACAGGGGCUAUGCUGGGCUCUGCCCCAGCCCCACGCUUGCUCUGAAAACCAAGUCUCAGAGCCCCUUCCCCUUGUUUUUAUUUUACUAUCAUAAUAAUUAUUAUUAACUUCCUUGUAAUAGAAAUAAAGUUUGUACUUGGAGUUGA